AUGUCCUCAUUGUUCGAUCAUGGGUUGAUCAGGACUGUAGCAGUUGAGCAGGUGGUUGCACCAAUUGCAAUUCAUAUAUGCCGCCUGGUGUUGCUGUGUGACAGCGCAGAGGAACCUGAACAAUUCAGCCAGCUGGAGGGGGCAGCUCAGACUGUGGCUAAAGCUACUGAGAACAUGGCAGCAGUGGCUUCCAGGCAAAUACGUGAGACGGAGGAUGAAGUUUUUCACAUGGAGAUGUCCUCCCUGCUAGAGUCAUUCGCUGUGUGUGGGCAGCAUGUCCUGCUGGCAGCUCAGAAACUGAGUAUCCAGCCAAGUUUAACUGAGCACAGAGAAGAGCUCGUCACUGCUACACAAAACGUUUUCCUUGGAAUAGUCAAGGUUCUGUUGGUGGAUGAUGAUGCUGCUGUAAGGAAAGUUAUAGCUGCUGCUGAUCAGGUUUUGGAGUGUCUCUCUGAAGUUGGCUCCUCCUCAGAUAUCAAGUUUCUUCUUGAAUCUUUCCAAAUGUUUUCUGAGGCUCUUCUCCUCUUUAACAGACUGACAAUGGAGAGAGCAAAUUCCUUACGGGAUCCCAGACAAACCAAACAACUCCUCGAUUCCUUGGACACCCUGAGGAGGUGCAUCUCCAUGCUGCACACAGCCAUGUGUACAACCAUCAAACACCCUACCAAUGAGCAAGCCCGAGAAGCCAAGAGGUACAUUCUGGACAAAGUUCAGAAUACUGUUGGUGACAUUACAGCAACUCUCCAGAGUGACUGCCAUGGAGGACCACUGGGGCCUUGUGGGUAUUAUACCUGGAAAAGUAAAAGUCUAUUACAACUGCUCACUAGUCCCUCCACCUCCUCAAUCCGAGACAGCAGCUUUGACUGCUUGGUCAGAGAUCUUGUGUUUCACUGCAUGGUCGUGGCAAACAUGUCUCGCAGAGACUUUCAGCAAAGAGUGGUUUUCCACUGUCGUCACAUCCUGCAGUUCUGGUCUGACAUAAAAAGGCUUUUAAAGUCUUCUGAGGAUUCUACACAGAGCUUUGAGAAGACCUGCACUUUCCUGCUCCAGCAAAUACUAAUGCUUGACAAAACUUUGAUGACUACAGUUCUGUAUCAAGUCAUGGACACACUUCUUGUGGCUUCCUCCACAGCUGAGCAACUUUUAGGACACAUCUUGGUUUUAGAUUCCUCUACAAAGCUGGAUCUGAACUUUAUUCAGUCAGAAGUUGAGGAUUUAAUUUCCUGCACUGACAGACUAAUCCAGGUCGCCAAUUUUACCUCAGCUAUGGCUCUCGAUGCUAAGAGUUUAGAGAAUGUGGAAAAUUCCCGAGCAUGCCUUUCGAGACUCAGGGCUCGAAUCGCUCCCCUUUCGCUGGACCUGGCAGAUAAUUCAAUGCAAACUGCUCAGAAGCUUCAUGAAGUGUGUCAGAAAUGGGAAGAGGAGACUGAGCAGCUUCAGGAUGCUUUCAGUGAUGUGAUGGACAUUAGGGAGUUCACCAGUAUAGCUGUUAAUGAGAUGGUGAGUGAUCGCCAUGGAUGUGACACAGCAUACAGAGAACAAAGCUAUGAACAGUUUAAUGAACAUGCAGCAAACCUGAUUGGUCACAUGAAGCUGGCGAUUCACUCAGUGAGGAGGCAUUUGGAUAGAAGUGACGAACCCAUCUACAGGAACGGCCUUUUGGUCCUUCUGAAGCAGGUUCAGUCAUCUCAAGCCAAAGUAGCUGAGUCAGUCAGAGGCAUGCUUAAUGGAUCCACGCUGAACGUGGAGGCAUAUUCUACAUUUAGUGACAGCGUUUCCACCGUCAUUGAGCAUUUUAAGGUGCUUAGAUCAGGAUUGGAUGGCCAACAGCAUCCGCAUCUCCUGAGCCCGCUGCGAGAGGGAGUUCGUCAGCUCGAAAUCACACAGCCAUGUCUGCCAGUCAAAGACAGCUGUGAACUGAGUGUGGACGAUAUGUUAAGAGGCUCGGAUAUUCCUUUUUUUGAAGUUUUGGAAAGAGAAACCAAACAUGAGGAGAAGCACACAGAUCAGGGACCCAUAAAAGCCGAACCAGACCAUAAAGUUGACAGCGAUGAUUUAACGUUCCCAGCUGUCUCAGAUGAGCCUAAACUGAUUCUCAAGCCUCUCAAAUUUGACCUUUUACCCCUCUUGUAUGAAGUUGUAACUGUGACUAAAGGGAAAGACGUGACACUGCUCAACCAGGCCUGCACCAGUGUUCUUGAGCUGUCAAACUGUUAUGCCCAAGCUACAAAGGAAGCCUUGGUCAUUGUCGAUGCAGUUGACUGUCAGACUUUGGAAAUCUUUAGGGCCGAGCUGGUGUCCCUAACUCCACUGCUCGUCCAGACAGCUCAAGAGACGGCGAUGAGCUCAGCGAUGAGCACGGAGAGCAUCUUUAAGCACAGCACACAGUUUUCUGACCUUAUUAAUAACAUUCGAAAGGUUUUGCUGCCAGCAGCUGGGACCUGGUAUCACACUGUUUAUAAUGAGCUGCAAGGGAAUCUACCAAAUAUACCAGCCAGUUCUGCACAGCAACUCAAUGAAGCAAUGACUUUAUGUGCUGACGUGGUCCAACUCUUGACAUCGUCAGAUUUAACCACACAAAGUGAUGGUCAAGAAACAUUGAGGGUUUUACACAGCAAGCUUACCAAAGCACAGAACAACACAAGGCAACUGAUAGAGUUUUCCUCCACAUAUGAAGGACAGUCAGAUCAGCUAGAGGCACUUUGUAUCCUCUGGAGUCUCUCCGUUCAGAUUUUACUUAAUUCUCUGGAUAAGAUUUUGGGAACAUCGACUGCACUGAACCAUUUGAACCCUCAGAAACAGCUCUCAGUGUUGUCUGAGAACUCGCUCCGAAUCCAAGAGGCAACCAGGCUCACAAGCAUAAACUGCAGAAGUGCUUAUAAAUCAAAGGAGUUAACCGGAUACCAGGAUGAACUGAAAAAUCUGACUGAGGACUACCUUAAAACUGCAGAAGAAUCUGAUUUAAUGCCAGGCGUGGUGCACCUUGCAAAAUCAGAAUUCUUCCAGAGAAAACUUUUGAUUAAAAUUCGAGUGCUUUUUGGUCAUUUAAGCAAAGUGAAUAAGGACUACGAUACUACAUUUCAAAAUCUUCUCACAAUUGCUCAUUUCGCUGCUGAACACUUCAGAGAGAACAACACAGAAGAUGCGGAGAAAAAGUUUGAACAUGCGACACAAACGCUUAUUGAAAAUGUAAAAUCUGCUACAAGAAGAGUGGAGGACAGCUUAAAUUACAUCCAUGACCCACGCGCUCGCUCCAAUCUGAGGUCCAUUAAUGACCACCUGUCUUUUCAGAUCUCAGAUAUAAUCUGCAGGGCGAGGCUCAUGCUAGAGACUCACUACAUUUGUGACACACUCAGUCUGGAUGUGCAGAUACGCUGUUGGUCAGCAAAAGCUCAUUACGUGGUGGAAGAGAUCAGGAAGCAAGAAGGGAUUCACCAAGAGGAUAGUGCUGCAUCUGGCUUGUGCCAAGAAGUCUCUUCCCUGACCUACACCUCCCUUUUUCUAAAGCAAGAAAGCAACAGCUGGGAUCCCAAGGACAACAGAAUCAUCCAGGUGACCAGGAAGAUGGCCGACACAAUAUGUUACAUGACUCAGUAUCUGAAGAAGAAAGGCCCAAUAGCGAAUAAAGAGGCUUUUGUUUCUGCAGCCAAAGAUGUGAUCUCAAACUGCCAGUCAGUUACCCAGUUUAUCAGAGUUAUUGCCAACCACAGCCUCGACAAGCAGUGUGCAGUUGAACUCUCGCUAAUUGUUGAGCAGAUUCUCACCAUUACAAAUCAGCUCAGCAUCAUUUCCAGUAUUUUCUUCUGCCUGCAAAGUGUCAAUGCUGUGACUCCUGGGUGCAAAUCUUCUGAUGAGAUCCUGGUAAAGAAUGCACAAAAUCUGCUCCAGACAGUCUUACGUGGGGUUCGAGCUGCAGAAACAGCAUGCAUUAAAGGUCUGAAGCAGCCUGAGCCAAAUUCGGAUGGUGCAGAGGCUACAGCUUUGUGUUUCCAGUGGAAGAGAAACCUGGAGAUCCAUCGAGCCCAGCAGACCUCUAACCCAGAUACAGAUGAGCUGGGACUGAGGAAGACGUCAGCGCACCCUUUAGCCCCAAGUCUUGCCCCACAUAUUAAUGUAUAA